CUAUCUAAAUACUCAUGCAUGUGACGGGGUGUUGAUUAUAAGUAGCCUUCUCUCUUCAUUCUCUUGAGCUCUGAUCAUCAUCUCUAAAACGAACCCUCUUGUUUGGCUGCAUGGAUUCCAAUUUCAAGGCAACAGUUUCGGAAGCACAUCCAGACACAAUGGAUUUUCUUUCAAAGGCUUGGUGCAACUUUGCAGUUCAGACCUUCCAACCAGAGCUACAACUACAAGACCACCAAUCGCUGGUUCUCCAUGAUAAUCCAAUCAUCAACUUCCACAGUGACACCAAAUCUCCUUUUCCUAUGGAGAAAGGUGUAAACAUAGAAGAUGCAGAUAGGUCCAUGCCACCAUGGAAAUCCAAUGAUGUGAAGUCAUGGAUAUGGAUGCAACAAGCCAUGCACCCAGAAUUGAACUACAAAAUGUGUUUCCGAAAGAAAUGGUUUUCAUGGAAGAUAGCUCCAUCAAUCAAGAAAUGGUUGAAAGAGAUUAAGCAGAAGAGGAAAGAAGAUCAGAGGCUGCAAAGAGCUGAAGUUCAUGCAGCAAUAUCAGUGGCAGGUGUUGCUGCAGCCCUAGCUGCCAUAGCAGCCGAGAACAGGAAACACGAUGCUUCGAGCACCACCAAGGACUCUGCGGUGGCUUCUGCAGCUGCUCUGGUGGCCGCCCAGUGUGCCCAAGUCGCGGAGGCGAUGGGGGCCAAGAGAGAGCAGAUUAGCACUGUAAUAAGUUCAGCCAUGAGUGGCACAAGUGCUAGUGAUAUCUUAACACUCACAGCUGCAGCUACUACAUCACUAAGAGGAGCUACUACACUCAAAGCAAGAUCAGGUUGCAAAAACAAAUUAAAUGGAAGCACACCGGUGCUACCAAUCGAGGAGAACAAUGAUUUUGAAUUUGAUCUUGAAAAGUGCAAAUCAAUUCUUGCCAAGGGUUCCGAGCUCAAUAUAGAGACAUCAGACGGAAGGUGCAUGGUAAGAUCAGUGUCUAUCGUCUUAACCACUGAAGGCAAGGUUGUUAUCAAAAUAAGGAAGCUCAAUUUACUGAAUGCCUUUGCAAGCAAGAAGGAAAGUAUUGUAUUGGAUCUACAUGCUGAAUUGUACAAAGAUUCAUCAGAAGGAGAUGAAAGUGAUCAAACAUGUUAUCUCAUAGUUCUAACAACAAAUGGAGGGAUGAUCAAGCUUGAUAUGAUGGAUGAUUAUCAACGUUACAAGAUGUGGGCUCUCACCAUUAAUCAUAUGCUAAUGCAAUCUACUUCAUUUACAAAAUAUGAGCUUCAAUUUCACAAGAAUUAAAUAAAUAAGAGUCAACUCUCUACUUUUGUGUUUUAUCACUACUAUAUUUGUAUUUUUAAUCAUGUAAUUAUGAUGAUUAUAUUCAUAAUCGUGUUUAAAACCAUUUACUUCA